AUGGCAGAAGCAGCAAAUAGCAGCAAAUCGUGGGGUCUGGAUUCUUCCUUGUCAGCUUUUACUGCUGCAAGAGCUGCAGAGCACUUGCAGCAGCAGCCGCAACAGCAAGGAAGGCAGCAGCAGCAAGAGCAGCAGCAGCAGCACUUGCAGCAAAUCAUGGGGGCGCAGUGCACAAAGACGGCAGCAGUUCGUUCCAGCAGAGGAGGACGAGCCGCUGCUGUCUUUGGCACCCCUCCUGCUGCAACGCCUCCUGCGUCUCCAGGUGCUGAAGGCAUCGAGGCACAGGGGGGUCUGUUUUUGACACAGCAGCAGCGCGAGCAGCAGCAGCCGCUGCAAAGCCAGCCGUGCAUGCAGCCAGAGGAGCAGCAACAGCUGCUCCUGCAUUCUGGAGCGAGCGCUUUUAGCGAUCUGGGGAGGCCUUCUGGAGGAGGGAGCGGCACCAGUGGUGGUUUACUGGCAGGAGGAGCUGCAGCAAAUACAGCAGCAGAUGCAAGAGACUUGACCAGUGAAAUGAGGUGCAAAGUAGGACCUGCUGCUGCUGCUGCGGCUAGAGACAGAGGAUCGAUAGAGCUUGUCAGCAGCAGUGCAGCUGAGGAGCUGCCGCAGGCAGAUCCAUUCCAAUGGUCGGCUUCAACAGUUUAUUCGGAUGGGGAGAUAGCGGGAGCUGCUGCCACAGCUGCUGCUGGAGAGGGUGCAGCGGCAGCGUUGGCAGCAGCAGCCGUGGCAGCAGCUCCCGCUGAACGGGGAUGCAGUGGGGGAAGCUACCUGCAUAUCGAUUUCUUGCGCGAAGUCAGCGUAAGCUCAGCAGGGAAGGGGGGGGGGGCGUGUGGGGGAGGCAGCAGCAGUAGAAACUCCUCGUAUGCGCAGCAGCUACUGCUCGAGUCUUCAGUUGUGGGGCCCUUUUUGAUGCUGCCGUGGAGCGAAAGCGACAAAGACAUACGCUGCAACUUUUACGUGGACUGUCUGCCUCCAGACAGCGAGAGCAGCACGGUGUGCAACGCCAGCUGCACUGCAGCCGAAGCCGCUGCGGCGGCUGCUUUAGCCAUACAGUCGCAGCCUGUGGCAGUUCAUUGCCGCGUUCCUCCUCCGAAAGGCUCUGCUGCUCCCUUUGCAGCCGCAGAGGCGGCUUUGACACCAGCUUGCCGAGUGCCUUUGGCAGCCAAGCACCAGCACCAGCAACAGCACACACACAAGCAGAGACGGCAAGGAGCUUCGCAGCAAACCAACUCUGGAGCCAAUGGGGUGUACGUAACCAGCAACUGUUGUGGAGGCACCAGCACAAAAGGAACAAUGACUGCUGCUGCUCCUGCUUUUCCUGCUCCUACUGCUGCUCCUGCUGCAGAUGAUUCCUGCGCAGCGUAUGGCUCUUCGCAUUCGGCUUUCACGCCAAACCCACACCCGGUGGGGUGGGCAGGGGGCAAGUGGUCGGAUCCUGAGGGCCUAUUAACGCUGUCUCAGAAGCAGCAACAAAAGUUUCACGCGUGGCGUCGCGUGGGCGAGGCUUUGGAGCAGCAACUGCUGUAUCAGCAGCAGUCACAGCCGGCGCCACAGUCACAGCAGCAGCAGGCGCAUUCGCAGUCGCAGUCGCAGCAGCACUUGCAGCCUCAAGUGCUGCUAGAGCUGCCGUGCAGCAAAAGCAUUCGGCAGGGGUUCGUCGGGGACUGUUCCUUCUUGUCCUCUUUGGCAGUGCUUUCAGACUAUGAGCGGCGUCACGGCAUACCAGUUGUGUCGAGUCUUAUCUACCCGCAGAUGCCUCUUGGCGAUCCCAGCAGCGGCAGCGGAGGAGGCUGCUGCCGCUCACGGCCAGUCUACAAUCCUCGAGGCAUGUAUGGCGUGAAGCUCUUCUUCAACGGCGUGCCUCGCAAGGUGCUCGUCGACGACUUCGUGCCCACAAGAAGAGACGGGAAACUCCUCUGCGCGCACUCCCAUCACCCCCAGGAGUUGUGGGUAUCUCUCCUAGAGAAGGCAUUCGUCAAACUCAUGGGAGGCAGCUACAGCAUGCAAGGAUCCAACCCAGGGGCAGAUCUCUAUCACCUCACCGGCUGGCUGCCAGAAACUAUCCCCUUCAGAAGCGACGUGCACACGGGAACUCCUGCAAGCCACACGCCGAUCGUGACUGGCGGAGAAUCCGAAGAAGUCUUGAAGCAACAAAGGCAGAAUCCCGCAUGGGAACUCGUCUGGUUCCAGCUGCACCGAGGCUUGAGUGAAGGCCGUUGCGUCGCUUGCCUCGGAACCAGCGAAGUCUUCGAUGCAGCUCCCAGCGGCUUGGAAUUUCCAGAGGGUGUCUCCGUUAGCACAGGGAUAGUGGCUCGGCACGCUUACUCUGUGCUGCGUCAUGCGGAGGUUUUGGGAUUUCGUCUACUUUACGUGAAGAACCCUUGGGGCUGCAUGCGGUGGCGUGGCAAAUUCUCACCCGGCGACAAGCGGACAUGGACGAGCGAGCUCAAGGAAGCCCUCGAUUACGAUCCUGCAAUCUCAGGGAAGGAGGACAGCGGAUGCUUCUGGAUUGAGUGGCAGGAUGUAGUGCGCUGGUUUUCACACCUCUACGUCUGUUGGAACGCCGCGUAUUUUCCCUUUAUCUCGGAAGUUCAUUCAAAGUGGGAGAGGUCUCGAUUUAUUCAGGAGUCGUCUUUGCCGGAUGAUUCGCACUUGGUGGCUUUCAAUCCGCAGCUUCAUCUGUCUGUGGCACCUGGUGCCGCGAAGGGGCGGCUGUUACCCCCCUACAUUUCUUUCCCGUCCUUGACGACUGGCGAUCUCCUUGCUGUGGAUGGAGUUGGCGGGUGCAGCGGCAUGGGGGCAGCAGGGGGAACGGGGGGUAGCCGAGGCGCGUUGAGCGGUCGCAGUGUCAGCGGGGAGGCAGCGGACGACAGCUGCAGCAGCAGUCGUAGCAGCUGCAGCUGCUGCAUCUCCGACACCCCCAUCGAGCUGUGGGUGCUCUUGUCGCGGCAUGUAAGGGAGAGGCAAAGAGACUUGAGCUCCAAAUACUUGGCCGUGCAUAUUCACAAGGGCAACUCCCGCGUCUCCUGCCCCCCCCCCCCUGCCAAGCAGGGUGUCUACAGCAACGGGGAAUGUACGCUGGUGAAAGUCAGACUCGAUCCCAGAGCCUUGCAUGCGGCAGGCAGCACCAAAGGCGGUGGCUGCACUCACGAGCAAAGCGGGGGGGGCGAAGGGUCUCUUCCCCAACCCCUGCAGCCGAUGGAGCCACAAGGGAAAAAGACGAAGGCUGCCGAGAGCUUGACGACAGGCAGCGGCCUCUUGAAAGCUCUCGACUAUGUCCUCGUUGUCAGCCAGUACUCUCAAAAGGACGAGUUCAACUUCACGAUGAAAGUCUUUGCGCACAUACCGGCCGUCCUCAAACCCCUGCCUCCCCUCUUUGGACCUGAGUGGACGUCUGUCUAUAUGUCGGGGGCUUGGACUGCUGAGAACGCCGGUGGCUGCAGCAACGAUCUUUGGAGUUUCUUUACAAAUCCUCACUUCCGACUGACAGCUCCUCAGCCGUGCGAGGCCGUCAUCUUUUUGGAGUGUCCUCAGGAGUACUCCGUCAAUCUGCGCCUGUUUAGCGGCCGGAUCGCAACGCCGCGCUUGCUUCGCACAGGCAAAGCCCAGACGAGCGGCAGCUACCGCGCAGGGUGCUGCCUCCUGUCCUCCUUUCUUGCCGCUGGCGACUAUACCCUCAUCUGUAGCACCUUCAAGCCUCAGAAUCUCGGAGCCUUCCAGAUUUCACUGCAUUACAGAAUUGCUUCCACCAGCACCAGCGGGGAAGCGGGGGACGGCGGCCACCCUACGCUAGCUCCCUUGCCUUACCCAUACGCCAUUCCACCAGAUCCACGUUUGUUCCUGCACACCAUUAGGGGUCCAUCGGUUGCCGCAAAGGCUUCACGGCAUGCUUGGGGACGCGUUGCACUGCAGCUCUUGAGUGCACCUACGAAAGUAUCUCUACGCCUACAAGUCAUUGCGCGGAAGUUGCCGCUGAAAACCCCCCCGGUUCUGUCUCUGUACCUUUUCGCCCCUUCAGACAGUUGUAGCAGCAACGGCGAUGGCAGCAGCAAAGAGGGCAAACAUUUGCAGCUGGUUAAGAAAAGCGAUCUGGAAGGGGGGCUAAGCGAAGACGGCAGAGUCAAGUCCUCAGCAGCACAAGACUUGCUUCAGAGACAGGGCGUCCUGAACAUCACGCUGGCCGAGCUUAAUGACACAAACCAUGCCUAUAUCGUCUUCAUUUCCACUCCUCCCAAAAGCAGUAGCGCCUGUAGCAGCGCUGAGGUUGAUGGGGAGUGGGAACCCACCCCGUGGGUGUUGCAUAUAAUAUCUGACCAAGACGUUCAGUGUUCAGCCCUUUAG